AUGAAGAGGAAGGGGAAAGAAGCAGAGACGAUGCUCAACACUGGCGUUCCCUCCACGCUGCUUACCUCCGACCAUAGGAGACGACCCUCAUCCCCGAUUCAGGUUCCUCGUCGAUUGCAAUUGAUUCGCUUGAUUAUGAGAAUGAUAAUCCAGGAUUCCCGUUGGUUCAAACAAAAAUCAAUGAUUUUUUUCGCAUCCAGAGAUAUAUGCAAGAAAAGGAGGCAAAAAAAUUGCAUAGCGGCAUCAAAGAAGAGAAGGAGGCUGUUACCAUAUAGUCCAAGUGAGGAUCCUGCAAGAAGACUAGAACAAAUGGCAUCACUUGCCACAACAUUGACAACUAUAGAAGCUGAGUUCAGUAAUGUGCUCACAUAUAUUCAUGGCAUGGCUCUUAGGUCACCUAAUCGUCCUGCUUAUGAGAAAGAGGGGAUGCAAGUUUUAUCAAGAGAAGACACUGAGGCCUUCAAUCUGUGCAAGAGCAUGAUGAGGAGAGGGGAAUGCCCUCCACUUAUGGUUGUUUUUGAUCCUGUAGAAGGAUUCACCGUAGAAGCUGAUAAAUGUAUCAAAGACUGGACAAUAAUCACUGAAUAUGUUGGAGAUGUUGAUUACUUACAGAGUCGGGAAAAUGAUGAUGAAAUCACUAAUUCCAAUUCUAUUGGAAUGGAAUGA